GGGACGAGGGCGUGUGGAGAAAGGGCCGUGGCGGGCGUCCUCAACGUGCAAAGUCGGCCAGAGCAGAGCAGGAUACUUGCUGAACAGCAAGACUUCCUAGGUAAGGCCUCAAUUGAUGAAGUAAAACUAUUGCAGAUAUGCAUGAGGAAAACAAAGCUGCAGCAAAUGUAUGUGGCAAAAUCCGAAGUGGCACUCAGAAUGAGGCUGCUUUACUUGCCCUUAUGGAGAAGACUGGAUACAGCAUGGUUCAAGAGAAUGGACAAAGAAAAUUUGGUGGGCCUCCACCAGGUUGGGAAGGUCCUCCACCACCUCGUGGAUGUGAAGUUUUUGUGGGUAAGAUUCCUCGUGACAUGUAUGAAGAUGAAUUGGUUCCUGUUUUUGAGAGAGCUGGGAAGAUCUAUGAAUUUAGACUCAUGAUGGAAUUCAGUGGUGAGAAUCGAGGCUAUGCUUUUGUGAUGUAUACUACUAAAGAGGAAGCCCAGCUAGCAAUCAAGAUUCUUAACAAUUAUGAAAUUCGUCCAGGGAAGUUUAUUGGUGUCUGUGUAAGCUUGGACAACUGCAGACUGUUUAUUGGAGCAAUUCCAAAAGAAAAGAAGAAAGAAGAAAUACUGAAUGAAAUGAAGAAAGUUACAGAAGGAGUGGUGGAUGUCAUUGUUUAUCCAAAUGCCACUGACAAAACUAAAAAUCGUGGCUUUGCUUUUGUAGAAUAUGAAUCUCACAGAGCAGCUGCAAUGGCUAGGAGGCGGCUUAUCCCAGGAACAUUUCAGCUUUGGGGUCAUACUAUUCAAGUAGACUGGGCAGAUCCUGAGAAAGAAGUUGAUGAAGAAACAAUGCAAAAAGUUAAGGUAUUAUAUGUAAGAAAUUUAAUGAUAUCUACUACAGAGGAGACAAUUAAAGCCGAAUUCAACAAGUUCAAGCCAGGAAUAGUUGAACGUGUAAAGAAGCUGAGAGACUAUGCUUUUGUUCACUUUUUCCACCGAGAUGAUGCACUGGCUGCUAUGUCUGUAAUGAAUGGAAAGUGCAUUGAUGGAGCCAGUAUUGAGGUAACACUGGCAAAGCCAGUUAACAAAGAAAGUACUUGGAAGCAACAUUUUAAUGGUCAGAUAAGUCCCAGUUCUGAAAAUCUCUUGGGGUUUCCUAACAAAGAAGAUGGUCAUCAAAAAUCCUUAGGGAAACCAGUGAGUCUUCCAGUUCAUCUUAAUGGUCAGCACAGUCCAGUCCCCACUGAAGUUGAAAGAUGUACGUACCCAUUUUUUCCAGGAAUAAAACUUACUCCAAUUAGCAUGUAUUCUUUAAAAUCCAGUCACUUCAGUUCUGCAGCAAUGCAUCUGGAUUAUUUUUGUAAUAAAAAUAAUUGGGCACCGCCAGAAUACUACCUGUUUUCAACCACAAGUCAGGAUGGGAAAAUACUCUUGGUGUACAAGGUGCUUAUUCCUGGUAUUGCUGAUGCUUCCCAGAGUAUUUUCAUGCCAGACAAACUAUGCACAACAGUGGAAGGUGCAAAGGAAUUGGCAGCACAGUUCACGCUUCUACAUCUAGCCAACUGUACACCCUAUUUGGCUUGAAUUGCCCUCAAGAAAAGUUCAGGAUGUUUUGCUUUGGAUCUUGCUACGAAAGGAAAAAGACCACCAACUACAUUGAUACAUUCUGUGAUUCCCUGGAAAAUCACAUUACAUGUUUAUUGAUGAAUAAUUCUGUAAAACACAUAUGUUUAUUAAACAUUUCACUUUCAAGAUUAGUGACAUGGGAUAUUAAAUUGUUUUGGAUAACUUGAUUAGAUUUACUUAAAGAUAAUUUGUUUAAAAGAUUUGUUAGCUGUAGUAGUUUAUAAAACAGUUUAUUUUUAGUGUUGAAAUAAUUUGCUACAAUUCCUUGUAUUUUGAGUUUCACACAAAUGUUACAGCUUCUGUGAUAAUAAAUGUUAAGAAUCAUUAAAAAACAUAACCAGCAAUACACCACCUUGGCAACUCUGCCUUUUCGUACGUAAACAUGCAUAAUACAAAACUUAAAUAUCAUACUCAGAUUUGUUUCUGUAACUUGAUGCAAAAUUUUAUAGGAGGAACAUGCUCAAUAGCAUCUUCUGGUACAGCAUUGCAUCAACAGAGGAGUGGUAUUUUGAAGGGCCUGUUUUGAUGUCAACUUACCAUCAGGCUACAUAAGAUGUAUUACUGUAUUUGUAAUGUUGAGCUUCAAUACCUUAGGUAAUUCUUUGAGACAAAAAAUGAGCAAAAACCCCGCAACUUGAUACAUACAAAUUACAUGUACUUUUAUGUACAGCUCACUAAGUUGCAUUUACUGUUGUUAGCACCGCUCUGUUGGACGUGUGCUUCCAUGUUUACAGAGGCCUUAUUCAUAUCCAGGCUAUCCCUUGUAACCAACACUUCUACUUGCUUGUGGUAGCCAUGUUGAACAGCAGUUUGCUCACUUUCUAAUCAGGCCAUGUUCUUCUGAAGAAAGCAUUGUUUAGCAUUAAACUGAAAAUAGUUUUGAAUUUUUAAAAUUGGGUAAAUAUAAUUAAUUUUGAGUGAGCCAUCUUGAUUUUCAUUGUGACUAUUUAGCCUUUCUCAGUAAAGUGCUUUAUUUAUUGAAUGACCAAAAAAUAAGGGGCGUGUUUUGUCUGUUUUUAAAAUCUGAAGCUAAUGGAGUCGAUCAUCCUUCUUUUUGGAAUUUAAUAUACAGUUUCAGUUCCUGUUCAAGGAAUGCAUCAGUCAAGUGGCAUACUUUUAAGAGUCUGAGAGCCUCACCUAUGCAAGUAUUGGUUGUAAGCUUUUUUGCCUGAAAAGUGUUUGUCAAAACUAUUAUGUAGACAGAAAAUGAUGCAAUGGAAAGAUCUAAAGCUGAAUAGUUCUUCUUAAAAGCAGUCAACUAUUGUGGUCCAUCACAUAUUUUGGUUCAACAUGUUUCAUCACCAUAUUGUCUUUUUUUCUGUGUCAAUUUCAGUGUAGUUAUAGGAGUUUAAUUUGCGUUUGAUAUUAGCUACAUAAUAGUUGUUUUAAGUGUUUUAAUUUUUAAUGUUGAAAUCAUGUGUUUGACUUCUGUACUUGAAUUCGCAUUUCUAUUAAAUUUACACUGUUAGUA